UGAACGCUAGGAGGAUGUUUUCCACUGCUUGAAAUAGAAUACCUUCCGUGAUUUUGUAGUUUGAACCUGCUCUUUUGGAUCGUUGUUUCAUCGGUGUAGAUAAGGUGCGUGACAUUUAGGGGCAUUGGUUUGUUCACAGCAUACCGGCAUAUGAUUCACACUGUGAGAAGACUGGUGAAGGUCGCGUUAUAUUUGGUGUAUUAAACGCCGCGUGUAUUUUGAAAUAAUUUUAACAGAUGAACUAAAAUUACAAUGGAGCCACAUGCAGAAUCAAGUAAGCUUCUACCCAUUCCUCAGACAGUACGCUUUACAGGAACAGAUGAAAGCAACAGUUCUGAAGUGUUCUGUGAGAAAGUGACAAUUGUGCCCAGUUCUGGCCUUCAUGAGACUGGUAGUUCAAAAGUAAAAUUGAAAAAUGUUGUGGACUUCAGUUGGGAGCUCCGAUUUUAUACAGGACAACUACUUGCUGUUCAUGUUGGCGGGAAGUACAUAGCAUAUGGACUAAAAGCGGUAGGCACAAAUAACGGAGUUAUUCGAGUGGUAAACCGGGAGAGCUCAGAGCGAUCACUCCUCAAAGGCAUAGAAGGUAUGGUGCAGGACAUAGCCUUCGCACACAUUCCAAACCAAGUCGUAUUGGCCUGUGUGGAUGAGUAUGGAAAUCUUCUGGUUCAUCAGAUAGAAGAGACUAAAGAUAAAAUGGUCUGUACAUUGCUGCUUCAUGUAGAGCAGAACAAUGAUCGUACAACCAGCAGCAACCACAGGGUUAUAUGGUGUCCGUAUAUACCAGAAGAGGAAAACUCUGAUGUUACAUAUGAUGAUGUUGCCAAAUUGCUUGUGUUAACGCAUGGUGCUAAGGCAGAAAUGUGGAACGUAGGAAUGGUCACCGCAAAACAUGGGGUUGGUCCUUUGCAGCCUGAGACUGUUGAGGAAGGAUACUUGGAGAUCAUGGAACACACAGCACCCAUUAUCGAUGCCGCAUUUGCUCCAGAUGGAACAGCGCUUGCAACAGCAAGUUUGGAUGGAAAUGUCAAGUUUUUCCAGGUUUACAUGCACAAUGAUAACAAACCGCGGUGUUUGCAUCAGUGGCAACCGCAUGACGGAAAACCGCUCUCCUCCCUUUUCUUCUUGGACAAUCAUAAGAUGUACAACCCAGAAGUGCAGUUCUGGAAGUUUGCAAUAACAGGCGCAGAAAAUAACUCAGAAUUGAAGAUCUGGUCGUGUGAAUCGUGGACUUGCCUGCAGACCAUCAGGUUCACUCCGGAAGUGGGGAAGCAAGAUAUUGUCCUGAAAGCUGGGUUAGAUCUUGGAGCUGGUUAUUUGCUUCUCUCAGAUAUUAACUAUAAGUUGCUGUACGUUCUUCAGCUGCACAAGGAUCCCUCGGAGACAUCGGCUUACGUUUGCUCUGUGUCGGAGUUCCGGUUACCAUAUCCUAUCUUGAGUUUCGGAAUUGUUGAUGCCGGUCUCAGAAAGUUCAAGAGUAGCAGUUUGGAGGAUUUAUGCAAUGAGGAUGGGGAUGAUGAGGCACAGCAGUUUGUUCAAGCGGUGGUCGUGCGGAUGUACCUGGUUCAACCUAAAUCUCUUCAGGAAUGUCACAUAGCCUUUCAGCCACCAGCAACAUUGGGGGAAGUGGGUCAGAAGCUUAGUACCUUGUCACACGAUUCUCUACUAUUCAGAGAUGGGUUCUCAGAUCUGUCUACAAAUGGACUAAGCACAUCAGUGGCAGAGCUGGAAGCUGUCGCACCUGAUCUGCCGGCCAAUCACAUGUCGGACACUCAGCAACCAGCAAAUAUCAAUUCUCAGCAGCAGCAGCAGCAAGAACAGCAACAACUGAAUCUUAUGACUCCUGACGCCUUUAGCUCGCCCGCAAAGAAGGACAGUCCUACAGACAUACGGAGCCCGCAGAUAUCCCAUCAUGUGGAUACAUCACAGCAUGUAACAAGGAUCUUGGAAGGUUCUAUUUCUGGAUCUCCUACUGUCAUCGGUGUUAUAGCGUCAUCACCUCUGGAUGAUGUUUUGGCCCUUACAGGCGGUCAGGCUAAGGUUGUUCCAGUCGUGGAUCAGCCUCUGGCUACCUCGGAGCUGCAAGAAGUUUCUGCAUUUCAGAGAGAAGGCUUUGCCAGUGGGGGCAGCAGCCCAAGUCGUGAGGUUCAGGAGAUUUUGUCGUUGAAAGGUUCAGAACGUCACAGUCAUGGUUACUACAGUGAUAAGGUUGUGGCUGAAGUUGUUGAAUCAGAAAUUGAAUCUCAAGCUGCACCGACAGCAGCAGAAAACCUUCAGUUUGAUGCUCUGGUAAAAGGGAAGGACGUGACAAACGUGAAACCGAGCAGACCUGAAACUGAUGGGUGGCCACAGAUUCCUAUCACUUUAGUCAAUCAGUUUGGCAAAUCUGUUUCUUCAGAAGAAAAACAGACCAAGAGAAAUGCACCAAUACAUCUAGAUGGAAUUGGGGAAAGUGGGGAUGGUUUGCAUCACAAGCUCUCGGAAGCAAACCAGAAAUUGGAGAACACUGUUACUACGCUGGACCACAAGAUAAAUUCUAUUGUUGAGAUAAUGCAGCAGCAUCAGCUGGAAAUCAAGAAGUUGCUUGAGGAAGUAAGUACCAUCCGUCAGGCUGUAUCCAGAGACCAUGCUUCCCCGUCACUUAGUCCACGGAUGGAGGCAAUAAUCAUGUCACAACUUGACAAAGCUCUGGUGAAACAUCAGCAGCAACACAUGGCUUUGUUGGAGGAACUGCUCCUGCAGAGAGAAGACAAAGAACGGAAAAGACAGGAGGCCCUGAUGUGUGCCAUCUCGCAGGCUGUUGGGAACUUGGUCACGGCAAAACUUGAAGACAUCGUUACUGCCGAGAUUAAGAACAGCAUCAUACCAGCUCUAGUGUCAACAAUGGAACCCCUAAAGCAUCAGCUUCAUAUAGAGAUGACGCAGAAGCUGACGUCCACCGACCACCUGCUCAAAGAAAAUAUAACAAAACUGGUUCAUAGUAAGUCUGUAAUGGAGGUGUUGGGUAACUCUGUCGUAACUGCACUUCAGCCCGCUGUACAACAUGUAUAUAAGGAGGUCUUCACCAGUUUAGUGAUGCCAUCUUUUGAAAAGUCGUGCCAGUCCAUGUUUCAGCAAAUCAAUGAAUCAUUCUCCAAAGGAACAAAAGAGUAUAUUCAAGCUCUGGAAGGUUACAUUGACAAGCAGCGACGGCAGCAGGAGAAGGGACGAGAUAUUGUAGGCCAAAUACAAGUCUUAUCUGAUUCAUUUCGCACAAACCACGACCAUCUUACUUCAGCGAUACAAGAGGAAGUACGGGCACAAGUUAAGAAAGGAUUGACAAGCAUUCAGGACAGUCUGAACAAGACUGUCUGUGAGGCAGUGAGGGAGAAUAUAACGAAAGGUUUCCGGGGACAACAAGAUGUUAUUCAGAACAGCGUGAUAACCGCAGUGCGGUCUCGUGCAGUGACGCCUGCACCUCACAUUGUUGACUGUCACGUACAGCAGCUACAGAUCGAGCAGUUGAUCGGUCAAGGCCAGAUCAAUGCAGCUUUUCAGCAGGCCCUCUCUGCAUCAGAUUUAAGUCUUGUGGUGUUCAUCUGUGAGAAAGUAAAUCCACAACAAGUGUUUAACCAGACUCCAUGCCCAUUACAGCAGCCUGUGUUGCUGUCGCUAAUACAACAGCUCUCUGCCGACAUGUCAAAUCACACAGAACUGAAGCAUAAAUAUCUGGAAGAAGCAGUGAUGAAUUUGGAUGCAACAAACGUUUUGACAAAAGAACAUAUGCCAGGAGUUCUCACUAACUUGCAGCGCCAGCUGACGGCAUACAUCUUAAACAACCCCAAUAACAAGAUAACUCGCAGCAUGAGAAUGCUUAGUAUGGCAACGCAGUCUCUUCUCAAUGUGCCGUGUACCAAGUAAGCACGUGUAUGUUGGAAGUAUCUGUUCUGCUCAGCUAGUGUUUGCAUUUACAUUUGAGCCAUUCACGUCUCUGCUGCUUCUCUCUUCACGAACCAUGCCGCUCGCGACAAGACACCGUAGCGAAAGAAGAGCAAACACGUGCUGCACUUUACUGUGGUAAACAAAUGUUAGUUCUUUCCUGUGAGUCAUUUAUAAAUCUAAUUGUUCAUAUUUCUGAGAAGUUCAGCGUGAAGUCUUGAAUAUUAGUUACAAAUUUUAUUCUCCCAAAAUUGUGAAUUUUAUUGGUCAGGUUUACCAUAUGGCACACGUACAGAUAUAUGUUGUAUUUUGGAGACAUUGUUUACAAUUGAUUUUGGGUAAAGUAGGUUUAUUACUUGCAACAGUUCAUUGUAUAAAUGGAAACAAUUUUAAAUAUUCAAGACACUUCAUGCUUUGAAAUAACAUGACUUUGGUUGGAUAAGCCAGAACAUUAUUUGUUUUUAAUUUUCAAUUGUAAUAUAAUCUUUUAAAAAAUUAAUUUUAUUUCAUAUUCAUGGAUGUAUCCUUCACCAUUUAAGUAAGAAAGGUUAAAUUUUUUGAUUACAUGUCUGUAGAUAAAACAGCUGCUGAAGUAUCACGUAGGUGUACAUAUAAGCGUCGAAUUGCCAGGUCAUUAAUUAAGAAAAGAUGUUAAAUUGAUUAUCAAGUCAAAAUACUAGUAGGAAACUUGUUCUGGCAUCCGCAUCCACAAUUUCAUCAGUUGUGAUACGUAAUUGCAGAGAAGGUGCAGUUUGAAGUGGGUCAGGUAUCUGCAGGAAACUACCAGCUUAAAGGAAAAAAUUAUUUUGUAUGUAUGUACACUUAUUAAUUUUUUGUAAGAAUAAAAUAUUAAAUAUG